GAUGCUACAUUCCUUUUCCGGCUGCACCUGCACAAUCCCCCAGGAAGUGUGGUGCGAUAAAUCCUAAAGUAUUAAUCCCUUAUACCUGGAGGAAGGAGACAGAUAUUAGUAUGCAUUUUGGAUGGAAUAUACCAUUUGUGUCGCCUUUCUGAUCUACAAAUCGUUCAAGUCGGCGCUACGCAAUUAAUGCAGGGUAAACAUUAUACCGUUAACUCCCUGCAAGUUUGGGUUAUUGUUUUUCUUGUGCUGUAGCGUUGAGCUAUUCGCAAAUCGAACCCUUUCCUGCAAUGGGAUGCUGCGGUAGCACAGAGAGGACAAAGAGAGAAUGGAAACCCUUGGAGGAUCGAAGUUGCACGGAUUUGCCGUGGUUCCUUUUAUUUACUGUAUUCUGCGUCGGAAUGGGGAGUAUCUGUGGGUUCACCAUCGCCACGGGGGGCGCAGCCCGCCUGAUCUUCGGAUAUGACAGCUACGGGAAUACCUGCGGCCAGCGCAAUGAGCAGAUCGAAGGGGUCAGGCUGAGUGGACUGGAUCAGACGGACAAAAAAUAUGUGUUCUUCCUGGACCCGUGUAACAUUGACAUAGUGCAGAGGAAGAUAAAGUCCAUGGCCCUGUGUGUGUCCAUGUGUCCUGAUGAAGAGCUGAAGACGUACCAGGACCUCAAGCGGUUUGCCAUGCACAACGGGUCGGAGCUGUGUUCCUACGAGCUAGCCGGUCACAAAUAUCCCGGCCUUCCAGAGAGGUUUGACAAAUGUCCCAAACUUCCAGUUCCACCAAGCAAAUCUCUCCCGGUGUUCAACCGCUGCACGCCGGUGGACGUCUCCUGCUAUGCCAAGUUUGCAGAGGCUGUGGUGACGUUUGUGAGCGACAACAGCGUGCUGCACAGGCUGAUCGCUGGCGUGAUGGCCAGCAAGGAGAUCAUCGUGGGCCUCUGCCUGCUGGCGCUAGUGCUCUCCAUGAUCCUGAUGGUGAUCAUCCGCUACAUCUCUGCUGUACUGGUCUGGAUCCUCACUGCCAUGGUGGUCCUGGGCUCCCUGGCGGGCACAAGCAUUCUGUGGUGGCUGUACAUAGACCACCGGUUAACUGCCAACGAGACCCUAUCUAAAGAGACCACAGAGACUAAAGAUGCUAAGGAGGAAGCAGAGAUGUCCAGGGACAAUGCCCAGGCGCUGCUGGUGUAUGCCAUCGCUGCCACCGUAUUCACAGUGAUCCUUCUCCUGCUGAUGCUGUUCAUGAGGAAGCGCGUGGCGCUGACCAUCGCCCUGUUCCACGUGGCCGGCAAGGUGUUCAUCCACCUGCCGCUGCUCACCCUGCAGCCGUUCUGCACCUUCCUGGGCCUGCUUCUCUUCUGGCUCUACUGGAGCCUGGUGCUGCUCUUCCUCGGGACCACCGGGAACCCGGUCCAGAAUGAGGAGACUGGUCUGACAGAGUUCCGGCUGACUGGGCCUCUGCAGUACAUGACAUGGUACCACGCUGUGGGCCUCAUCUGGAUCAGUGAGUUCAUCCUGGCCUGCCAGCAGAUGACUGUAGCUGGGGCCGUGGUCACGUACUACUUCACAAGGGACAAGAACAAGCUGCCGGUGACGCCCAUCCUGUCGUCAGUGUUGAGGCUGAUGAGGUACCACCUGGGCACGGUAGCCAAGGGCUCCUUCAUUAUCACCUUGGUCAAAAUCCCACGCCUCUUCCUCAUGUACGUCCACAACCAGCUCAAGGGCAAGGAAAAUGCAUGUGCUCGCUGCAUGUUGAAGACCUGUAUCUGCUGCCUGUGGUGUUUGGAGAAGUGCCUCAACUAUUUGAAUCAGAAUGCGUAUGCGGCGACAGCCAUCAACAGUACCAGUUUCUGUACGUCGGCGCGUGACGCCUUUGUGAUCCUGGUGGAGAACGCUCUGAGGGUGGCGGCCAUCAACGCCGUGGGAGACUUUGUCCUCUUCCUUGGCAAGAUCCUGAUCGUGACGUCCACAGCGUUCGCCGGCGUACUGCUGCUGAACUACCAGCGGGACUACGCAGAGUGGGUCCUCCCUCUCAUCAUCGUCUGCCUCUUUGCCUUCCUGGUGGCCCACUGCUUCCUGUCCAUCUUCGAGAUCGUGGUGGAUGUGCUCUUCCUCUGCUUCGCCAUCGACACCAAAUACAACGACGGCACACCGGGCAGAGAGUUCUACAUGGACAAAGCCCUGAUGGAGUUUGUGGAAAACAGCAGGAAGCUGGAGCGGGUGGUGGAGCGAGGGCGGGGCCGGCCCACAGAGGCAGUGUCGGUGGAGGGGGCGGAGAUGAAGCCCAUGGCUCCAGGAACAAGUUCAGCUUGACCAAAAUCACCUAAUGGGACUUUUUAAAAAGACAUUCCAAAAUGUUUAUUUUUACCAAUGUGUAACAUGUUUACUAUGGUUUCACUCCAGGGAAUACAAUAUUUUAAUAAGAAACUGUAAAAAAAUAAAUAACGAUGUAAUGAAGCACUUUAUAUUGAAGCCCUGCAUAUUUUAAAAGGCUGAUGCAUUUUUCGUAGUGAUGUCCGUUUUUAUAAGACUAAAAAAAAUAAUUGCCAUCUAGUCAAACACAGUACUAAAAUUGAUUGAAUCACUUUGGGUUGGACUUGUUUGUCAUUCAAUGAUAUAGCACUUAGAUGUGUUUUUAAUCAACCACUGAAACCUAAGUAUGUUAGACUCACGUUUGCAUUUGAAUUCUGCGCCAUGGAAGAGUGUUUUUGUUUUGAAAGUAGGUGUAUUUUUACCUGAGUGCAACGUUUUUUUUCAAGGCUGGCUGUGAUUUAUUUAUUUUUCUUACAUUUUUGGGAUGUACAGAAACUGAGAGGAUGCGGUCAUACAACUGCUAGCUCCCAUGGUUUGGAGGGACGCAGAGACAGUUACUGCCGAUUGGAAGUCUACCCCCCCCCCUUCACCUAGACACUUCUUAGAUAUACAAGUGACCAUGAGAAGUUUCUAGGGGUAGGGACUAGGGCUGUGACGGUCAUGACAUUUUGUCAGCCGGUGAUUGUCAAGCAAGUAUCUGCUUGU